GCUUCAUCUACCACCUCGUUUACAUACCCCUCUACUCACCGUCCCGCUAAAAUGGCCCAAACCGAGAGCUUCGGCUUCCAGGCCGAGAUCAGCCAGCUUCUGGACCUGAUCAUCAACACUUUCUACUCCAACAAGGAGAUCUUCCUUCGUGAACUUAUCUCCAACGCAUCUGACGCCCUCGACAAGAUUCGCUAUGCGUCCCUUACCGACCCCUCCGUCCUUGACACUGGCAAGGACCUCCACAUUCGUAUCAUCCCAGACAAGGAGAACAAGAUCCUCUCCAUCCGCGACACUGGUAUUGGUAUGACCAAGGCCGACAUGGUUAACAACCUCGGUACGAUCGCCAAGUCCGGCACGAAGGGCUUCAUGGAGGCGCUGAGCUCUGGUGCCGACAUUUCCAUGAUUGGCCAGUUCGGUGUCGGUUUCUACUCUGCGUACCUCGUCGCCGAGCGUGUUCAGGUCAUCUCAAAACACAACGAUGACGAGCAGUACAUCUGGGAGUCCGCUGCUGGCGGUACCUUCACCAUCACCCUCGACACCGAGAAUCCCCCUCUCGGUCGUGGCUCUGAGAUCCGUCUCUACCUCAAGGAGGACCAGCUUGAGUAUAUCGAGGAGAAGAGGAUCAAGGACAUCGUCAAGAAGCACUCCGAGUUCAUCUCCUACCCCAUUCAGUUGGCGGUUGUGAAGGAGGUGGAGAAGGCAAGUGGCGAGGUUGAGGACGACGAGGAGGAGGUCAAGGAGGAGGACGAGUCCGAGGACAAGCCUAAGAUUGAGGAGGUCGAUGACGAGGACAAGCCCAAGAAGACGAAAAAGAUCAAGGAGAAGGAGAUCCAGAACGAGGAGCUCAACAAGACGAAGCCUAUCUGGACGCGCAACCCUCAGGACAUCACCGCCGAGGAGUACGCCGCUUUCUACAAGAGCUUGACGAACGACUGGGAAGAGCAUCUCGCCGUGAAGCACUUCUCCGUUGAGGGUCAGCUCGAGUUCAAGGCUAUCCUUUUCAUUCCGAAGCGUGCGCCCUUCGACCUCUUCGAGACCAAGAAGAAGCGCAACAACAUCAAGCUUUACGUUCGCCGCGUCUUCAUCAUGGACGAUUGCGAGGACCUUAUUCCUGAGUACCUCAACUUCGUCAAGGGUAUCGUCGACUCCGAGGAUCUCCCGCUCAACAUUUCGCGAGAGACACUCCAGCAGAACAAGAUCCUUAAGGUUAUCCGCAAGAACCUCGUCAAGAAGUGCCUUGACCUCUUCGCCGAGAUCGCUGAGGACAAGGACAACUUCAACAAGUUCUACGAGUCAUUCGGCAAGAACAUCAAGCUCGGUAUCCACGAGGAUGCACAAAACCGCAGCAAGCUUGCUGAGUACCUCCGCUUCUACUCGACGAAGUCGACGGAGGAGCAGACGUCGUUGGGAGACUACAUCACGCGUAUGCCUGAGGUCCAGAAGAACAUCUACUACCUUACUGGCGAAUCGCUCUCGUCCGUCAAGGACUCACCGUUCCUUGAGGUUCUCAAGAAGAAGGGCUUCGAAGUCCUGCUGCUCGUUGACCCCAUCGAUGAAUACGCCAUCACGCAGCUCAAGGAGUUCGAUGGCCACAAGCUCAUUUGUGUUUCGAAGGAGGGCCUCGAGCUCGAGGAGACUGAGGAAGAGAAGAAGGAGCGCGAGGAGGAGGCGACUCAGUUUGAGGAUCUCUGCAAGGCCGUCAAGGACGCACUUGGCGAUAAGGUCGAGAAGGUCGUCGUUUCGAACCGUAUCGCCGACUCGCCCUGCGUGCUCGUUACCGGGCAGUUCGGCUGGUCGUCGAACAUGGAGCGCAUCAUGAAGGCGCAGGCACUGCGCGACUCGUCGAUGUCGUCAUACAUGGCCUCGAAGAAGACGCUCGAGCUCAACCCGCACAACGCGAUCGUCAAGGAGCUCAAGAAGAAGGUCGCAGAGGACAAGGCUGACAAGUCCGUGCGCGACCUGACGUACCUGCUCUUCGAGACCGCGCUGCUCACCUCUGGCUUCUCGCUUGACGACCCGACGUCGUUCGCGAAGCGCAUUCACCGUAUGAUCUCGCUCGGCCUCGAUGUUGACGAGGAGGAGUCAGCGCCUGCGCCCUCGUCCAGCGUGGAGGCUGCACCAGUAGAGGAGGUCGUGUCCGCGUCUGCGAUGGAGGAGAUCGACUAGAUCGGCGGCGUAGAUGUGCUUGGUGACUUGCUGUAGCUGUUUCUCCUUUCUGUGUAUUAUUGCUCUGGGUUUGCUGUCAUCGCAUCUUACGACUACAUCAAUGUUACUCAUAGUGUACAUAGUACCCGUAGCGUCAAAACCAAUAUCCUUGCAUCUCGUUCUGCUAUGCGUCU